AUGACAUCUUGUCACUUGUCAUGUCUUCAUUGUGAGUCAUUCUGCCGCAGCAACAGCGAGAUCCAUGUGAUCGCCGUUCUCCGUAUCCCCCUCAAAAGUGAUACCAUGACUACAAUAACAACACAUAACCCCACAUCGAUGCACCCCACCACCACCAAUUCCUCGUCAUGCUUACCAUGUACGUCGUUAUUGCAUCAACAAGAUACCAGCAUCACCCAUUCAUGUCGAGGUAGAGGCGAGGAAGAGAACAAGCCAUGGUUUGAAGAAAGCAAAUGGUAUUAUCCACUUCAACAACAACAAGAGCCACAGCCAUGGAUAUGGCUUGAUGAUCAGCAAGAUGACGAAAUUCAGUCGAGAGGUUGCCAUGGCAGCCGCAGCACCCUUAAGUCGUUGAUUGUCACUGCCAAUAUCAAUGUUCAUCCCAAAAGUCGACAUGGUCAAUUCGAUUUUGGUGAAGCAGCACGACGUGUCAUGUGUACACCCAAUGCAGGAGGUCGAUGUCUAGUGAGCGAGGUGUUGUCUGUGGAGCUGAUGGAUCGAUUGUUUGGCGUGCGACAUUUGUUGACCGAGAUGGAAAUUGAAUAUGCCACGUUGGGUCCCAUCACUGAUUAUGCAUGCCGUAUUAGUACCGCUGCUGCUGCUGGUGAUGCUCAUCCACAAAAGACAUUGGGCGUAUCAGUGACAAGAGCCAUGGCCUAUGAACGACGCUUCACAACUCAGGAUGCAUGGCGAUUGGUGACAAAAAAGACGCGUGGCGUUGUGUAUUCAAGCGCUUCGGUCGUGGGUUGUACAUUCGAACGUCAAAUCCUACACAUCUGGGUAAGCAGUGGUGCCGAUGCUGCUAUCGUAAGACGCGUCUGCUCCAAACUUCCAUCUCACCUGAAGAGUAACACAAUCAUAUUCAUAACCACCAUCAAUAUGGAUGCUUCCUUUUGGAGAUAA